AUGUCUGAAUCACGACUAUACUCCUUCUCCCCCGAGACCAAAGAAAAGCUUCGCAAGUUCCGCUUGGGAACCUCCCGCGCCAAGGAUCCGCAGGCCAUUAUUUAUAUCAUCGACAACAAGACCCAGGAGAUUCGACCUGAAGAUGGCGAGGUUUACUCCAAGAUGGAGGAUGUAGCCGAUGAGCUUCCGGAAUCGUCUCCUCGGUUUAUCCUACUCAGCUAUCCUCUGACCUUGCGCAUGAUGUAUGCGGGCGCUGUCGAGUUGAUGCGCAAUACGGCGGAGGUUAACCGGGUGAUUGAGGUAUAUGAGGAGGAUGAUAUCAUCUCGAUCGAGUCGAAGCUGCAAAGUGCGGAUUAG